UAUGGGUUCUUUGAUGCAGAUGAAGGAUUUGGGGACAGAGGACUUGGCAGGUCGUGAAGGGGUCCAACUUUUGGGAUUGCUGAACCUUUACUUGGAACAGGAACAGAGAUUCCAACCACGAGAAAAAGGGCUGAGCUUGAUAGAGGCUACCCCGGAGAAUGAUAACACUUUGUGUCCAAGAUUGAGAAAUGCCAAAGUAGAAGAUUUAAGGAGUUUAACCAACUUUUUUGGAUCUUGCACUGAAACGUUUGUCCUGGCUGUCAAUAUUUUGGACAGAUUUUUGGCUCUUAUGAAGGUGAAACCUAAACAUUUGUCUUGUAUUGGAGUAUGUUGUUUUUUACUGGCUGCUAGAAUAGUUGAAGAAGAAUGCAAUAUUCCAUCCACUCAUGAUGUAAUCCGGAUUAGUCAAUGUAAAUGUACUGCCUCUGACCUAAAAAGGAUGGAAAAAAUAAUUUCAGAAAAAUUGCACUAUGAGUUGGAAGCUACUACUGCCUUAAACUUUUUGCACUUAUACCACACUAUUGUCCUUUGUCGUGCUUCAGAAAGAAAAGAAACACUGAGCCUUGAUAAGCUAGAAGCUCAGCUGAAAGCCUGCAGCUGCCGACUUGUGUUUUCAAAAGCAAAACCAUCUGUAUUAGCUUUGUGCCUUCUCAAUUUGGAAGUACAAACAUUGAAAUCCAUUGAAUUACUGGAAAUUCUUCUACUUGUUAAAAAACAUUCCAAGGUUAAUGACACCGAGUUCUUUUACUGGAGGGAGUUAGUUUCUAAAUGCCUCGCUGAAUAUUCUUCUCCGGAAUGCUGCAAACCAGAUCACAAGAAGCUGGUUUGGAUUGUCUCACGGCGCACAGCUCAGAACCUCCACAACAGCUACUAUAGUGUUCCUGAGUUGCCAACAAUACCGGAGGGGGCUUGUUUUGAUGAAAGUGAGAGUGAGGACUCUGGUGAAGAUAUGAGUUGUGGAGAAGAGUGUCUCGGCAGCUCUCCCAGCCGGGAUCAAGAAUGCACCUUCUUCUUCAACUUCAAAGUGGCGCAGGCACUGUGCUUUCCAUCUUAGAAAUCUAAUUGUUCUGCGUCAGAAUUCACAGGUUUCAAAGCAAUAAAUGGGGAGUAGGUAGCUUUCUGGUCCACCCCCCAUCUAGAUAGGAAUGGAAUUACCUACCUUCUGUUUAUUAUCACUCAGAUCAGACCUGGCCUAUUUUCGUAUUUAAUCCUAAACCAUCAAAUGGAUUAGUGCCUCGAAAUGAUUGAAAAUAUUGAAGACGUUGGCACUUUAUUUUCUUCGUCGAUCUUUGGCUACUUAGGGGAGGAGGGAAAGGGCAGUUUCUUAAAAUUUACUACUUUUUAAGAUUUUUAAAGAUGAAUAAUGUCAGUUAUCUUAAACUUUUUAAAUAAAAUCUUCAGGUGUCUUUAUGUAAACAGAUUGGAAGUGUGCAAAUGCUUCCUUAGCAGGGACAAUGGAUAACCCUUUAAUGGUUUAUCUUAGAACUUCCUCAACCCCAUUCUCAGCAGAGAAAACACUCUUCAAUGCCCAACACCCUUUUGUUGUUGUUUUUCUAAAUGAUCAAUGUGUACUGCUGCAGACCUUCUAAAGUUAGGAAUUAUAAUCUAUAUUUCUGUGAAUUUUAGUAUAUAAUGUCAUUGAUGUUUCUGCUAAAGCAGAAAUACUUGACAGGCUAGGGCUGUUAGUUGCAUUCUUAAUGUCUAAGUAUUGUCAGACUAUAGUAUUAUUUUAAUGUGUUAAUAAAUGAAUCCAGAAUCUGCUAGUUUUGCAUGCACCUGUACAAAAUCAGUGCAGGAAGUUGAACAGAAUUAGGUAACUGUGGACUUGAUAAAUGUUGAUCUAGUAGAACAUUUAAUUUUCUUAUAUUAAAAAUGUCUGCAUGGUUGCUUUUUACUUCAUUUAUUAUUUACAUUUCAGAAAUAAUGGUAUUAGUAUAUGAGUACCAAAAGGGAAUAUGAAGAACAAGAAAAGUGUAGUAUUAUAGUUUUAAACAUAUCUGUGUGGGUGGUUCAUUCAUAAGAAUGGGAAUAUAUGAACUCUGUACACAUUAGAUUUUGUACAGAGACUUUUUUAACUUUAUAAAAUGUAUAUGACAAUGUAAAUCUUAAAAGAUGUACAUAAAAUACUGUAUUUUUUUUACCGUGUGUGAUAGUCUAGUCGUUGCAUGUAAAUAUAACUUAUUGCGCAUUCUAUAUUAUAAAUCAAACAUUGAUGACUUACUUUUUUAUUGGUAAGUCAUCAUCGGGAUGUUUUUCUGCAGUGGGUUUUUGAAGUGAUAACAUUACAAAUAAAAAUAUUAAUAAAUUGUA